GCAUAUCAAAGUAGAAAACGCAAAAACGAAGCGCAGCGGCAUAUAAAUUGUAUUGUUAGCAGAAGAAGCAAAAAAAAGAAAAUUAUUGCAAAAUCUUGACAAAAUUGAAAAAUAAAUCUCUAAAAGAUAAAAUAAAUAGAAAUUAAUAUCAAAUAAACACAUUUAAACACAAUGCCCAUACAGUUGGAUAAAAUUUUAGGCGAUAUAGCCAAUGAAAAAGUAUUGCAUCCCAACUAUCAGGGCGCCACAAAAAAAGAAAUUGAUGACGCCUGGACUAGAGUUGGAAAAAAUAGUAAUUUAUCUGUGCAUGAAUCUCGUUCCAUAUUCAAAGUGUUGCAGAAAAAAUAUGAACAAGAGAAAUUGAAAGAUUCCUCGGCUUGGAAGUUGUUUGGUCUAAUGGAUCAAAUACACAAAAAAGUAGAGCCGAAAGUUGACGAAAAAGAAGAUGAGCCCAAUGCACCGAUGGAAGAAGACGAGGAGUACGAAAUGCUGGAGGUGCAAGAAGAUGAAGAUAAUGGACAAGCGGGUCAUUCAGGUGAGUCAGCCUCAGAAGGUGAAAGUCCAGCAAAAUCAAAUUGUUCUACUGCAUCGCCAGAAAAAGAAGAUAAACCUGUUGCAAAAACUCUUAACCGUCAGCAGACUACUCCCACUAGUAAUGCUCAUCAUCAGCAGCAACAACAAGCGGAUAAAACGCCCUCCACGAAAUUGUUAAAUACUUUAGCGGCUGCUGCCAAUACACCCAAAAGUAAUACGAAUAUGGCUACGCCACAGACACCCUCAGCCACUGCAGCUGCCUUGCAAAAGAAAGGCAUCACCAUGAAAAAGACAACUGGCAAUCAACAGGGUCGUUCUUUAAUAAAUCAAAAUCUUAAACAACAACAAUCUAAAAUAACUGGACGUACCGCAGCUAAUGCUGGUGCCAUGCAUGGCUUAGAAGUUGGAAAAACUAUACAAUUGCCCGAUUCAUUGAAACGUAAAUUAUCAGAAGACCAACCUACGACACCACAAACAAAGAGAGCAAAUCAACAGAGUACACCACAAUCGAACAGUGCUUCACCAUCAGCUAAAUCAGCUUCGCCACACCGACAACAGCGCACAACCACAGCUCAACUUUUGCAACUCAAGCAAGAUCGCAAUGAUCAGCAGCAAUCUACAAAUGUCACAAAUGCCACCAACACCACGGGCAUUAAUCUUAUCACCAUACCAACUAAUCCUACGGCUACCGGCCUAGUUAAUGGUCUCAUUUCCUCGGGCGGAGGUGGCCCCUCAUCAUCUACUGCUGCCACAGUAGCUUCGACUGCUUCUACUAAUGGUUUUUCACCACGUAUUGAAGAGAUAGAUUUUCGCAAUGAUAUUAUAUUUGAUGCCAAUAACGAUGUCAAUGGCACUGCUCUAGCCGGCAAGGUGGACAAUUCUUCAGAGAUAAUCAAUCUGGGCAAUUUUGACAAUUCUUUGCCGCCGACAUUCUUUAAAAAUCUUGGCAAUUCUUCACGUCAUGAAGCUUUCGGUCUGUAUGUUGCAAAUGUUAUGGAUCGUUUACGCCCUCGUUCGGCGGCCAAAUUAGAAGUUGGUAUUCUAAAAGCUAUUUUAGAUAUACAAAGUGAAGAAUUGGAACAGUAGUUUGCUUCUUAAGAGUAGCCUUAGUAAUAGUUCAGUAAUUAUACGAAACAUUUUAAAAAUUUGCAACAACACUCUUUAUCCGUAUUAGUUUUCUUUAAAAACAAAAUUUUGUCUGCUUUUUAAUUAUUAUUUGUGUUUAUGUUUUAAUACUUAAAAUUCCAUUUUAUUUAAAUUAUUUUCAGAACUUAAUUAACCUUAUAAUGGUAAAAUUAAUAAAAAAAAUUAAAAACAAAAAAAGUUAUACAAAACCAUUUAGUUAUUAAGCUUAAAAAUUUUUUUUAAAUAAAAAAGUUUUCUGACUUGAUUGGAUUUCAAUGAUUAAUGAACCGUUUUUUUUUUAUAAAAAUUUAAGUUUAAAUUUACCCUACAAAUUUUUAAUUUUUUCUCUAAAAUCCAACUCGGUUUUAGUAACUUUUGACAGUUCUCCCCUUCCUCCUUAUUCUUAUAAGCAAAUGUAACAUUUCAUUCACUUCAAUUGUCAAUUAUUUCGCGCGGUUUUCUUUACAAUCGGUAUUAAUUUCGCGAGUGUAAAGUUUUUAUUAAAAAAUUAACAUUAAUAAGUUUUAAACAAUUGUAAAAAGUAUUUAAAUGUAAACUUUGAUUAUUGUUUAUAAAGGGCGUUAUGAAGGUUUUUAAAAAUUACUUUAUUUAUAAUUGAAAUUUGUUAAAUUAAAAAAGCAUCAUCCAGCGGCACUCAACAGACAGACAGUUGUGUAGUUUAUAGUUGGUAGUGGCCGGAAGAGUAUAUUUAAAGAAAUUUGGUUGUUUAUUGAUAAAUUUGAAGAAAUGUUUAAAAAUUCUUUGAAAAACUUGCUUAAAUAUGUAAAUCCCAACAUACCUUAAGGUACCUGAUUGAUUGCAUGAAGUACGGGGCACAUUAGGGUGGUAGCAGACUAACAAAUGUGUACUUGUUAAUAAAAAGUGUUGUCAUGAUUAUAUUUCUUUAUUAUUUAUGUAGAAUAGAGCAAGAUUCUAAAAUGUUUAUUAAAUUUAUACGAAAUACUAAAUUUCACUUUUAA